AUGAAUUCGUACGGACACAUGCCAGAGCCAACCCCAGCUGGCCAGAUCGGAGGUCACGAAGGGGUUGGGUACGUGGUGAAAUUGGGUGAAGGAGUGACGGAGGUGCAGGUCGGGGACGUGGUAGGAGUGAAAUGGAUCACCUCAGCCUGCCUGACGUGCCCGCAGUGCAUGGAGGGGUUUGAUAACAAAUGUAAGAAACGUAAAGUGGCCGGGUUCAAGACGCCAGGAACCUUUCAACAAUACAUCAUCAGCGAUCCCCGAUACGUGACCCCUAUUCCGAAAGAAAUCCCACCGGCCGAGGCGGCACCCCUGCUCUGUGGCGGCGUGACAGUGUGGUCGGCGCUCCUAGAGGCAAGCUGCAAACACGGCGACUGGGUCGGGAUAUCAGGCGCUGGAGGCGGCCUGGGCCAUCUGGCGGUUCAAUACGCAAAAGCGUUUGGCCUUCGAGUCGUCUCCAUCGACCACGGAUCCAAGAAAGACUUCUGUCUGGAGAUCGGGAGUCAUCAUUUCAUUGAUUAUACUCAGUAUGAUUCUGUGAGCUUGGCAGAGAAAGUCAAACAAAUCACCGACGGAGGUUGUUACGCUGUGUUGGUCUGCAAUGCCAGCUCCAAGGCAUAUGAUCAGUCGCUGGACUUGUUGCGCUACGCAGGCACGCUUGUUUGCGUCGGGAUCCCAGAGGUCGACCCUCAUCCUAUGCCCAAUUCAGCUCCGUGGAAGAUCAUCGUCAACCAGUGGAAAAUCAAAGGUGCCGUCACGGGAAACAGGGUCAUGGCCGUGGACUGCUUAAAGCCGGCUGCAUUGGGCCAGGUCGUCCCCGCUCUCCGGAUAGAACCCAUGAACCGGUUGACAGAGGCAUUUGAGGAUCUGCACUCGGGAAAGAUCCACGGCCGGGUUGUAUUAGAUUUAAGUCGAGUCAGCUAG